GGGAUUUUGGAUGCCUGCGGGACUCAGAAGGGUGUCCCCUUCAGAUCGGGUGGAACUUCAGCCAUGCAUCGGUCUCAUCGGAAUGGGAGAGAUGGGGAGCAUGUACGCGAAACAAUUAUGUUCUGCAGGCUGGAAGAGAGUGCUUGCUUGUGAUCGCCCAGAACGUUUCGCAGAGGUGAAGGAGAAGUGGAAAGAUGUACACGGAAUCACUAUUGUCCCUGAUGGUCAUCUUGUCUCAAGACAAGCUGAUCUUAUUAUUUAUUCUGUCGAAGCAGAGUUCAUCGACGCCGUGGUUGCUCAGUUUGGACCUUCCACGAAGGUUGGAGCUGUGGUCAGCGGCCAAACGUCCGUCAAAGCACCAGAACGUGCGGCGUUUGAGAAAUAUCUUCCGGAGGACGUUAAGAUUGUGUCGAUCCACUCUCUGUAUGGUCCUACUGUGUCACCCGUUGGACAGCCUUUGGUGAUAAUUCAACACCGCGCAUGCGAAGUUUCCGUUGCUCUUGUUGAGGAUGUCCUUCGUCCUCUCGGUUCUAAAUUCGUCUACAUGACCUAUGAUGAACACGACGAGAUCACUGCAAAUACUCAGGCUGUAACACAUGCCGCCUUCCUUAGUAUGGGGACUGCAUGGUGUGCUUCCGAGUCCUAUCCAUGGGAGCAAGGCCUGUAUGUGGGUGGCAUCGAAACAGUCAAAGUGAAUAUAACACUGCGCAUCUAUGCAAACAAAUGGCACGUUUAUGCAGGUCUUGCUAUCCUGAAUCCUUACGCUCGUGUCCAAAUCAAUCAAUAUGCCCAAUCAGUCACUGAAAUUUUUAAACUCAUGAUUGAAGGCCGGAAAGACGAGCUCCGGGAGCGGCUUUACCAGGCUCGAGAUAAGGUCUUUCCACCUGGUCAAUACCGGCCCAUUCUCCUUUCAGAAUCGUUGUUGGAUCAGUUUACCCUGGUACCCAAGCCUUGGAAGUUGCGCGCCCCCCAGCACCUGCCACCAAGGCCUUCCACCCCCCAAGCAAAUUCCCACCUCUCCAUUCUGGCCAUGGUGGAUUCGUGGGCGGCUCUUGGCAUACUCCCCUUAGCACACCUUUCUCUCGCUGCAACUCCAAUCUUUCGGAUGUGGAUCGGUGUCGCUGAUGCUUUAUUCCACAACGAAGUCAACCUUCAUCGCGCAAUCGAGGCGGCUAUACAUGACGUAUCUCACAGAUCCGAUGACCUCGAAUUCACGGUGGCAGCUCGUGGGUGGAGCCAAUGUGUCAGUUUUGGGAGCUUCAAGUUGUAUGAGGAGCGCUUUAAACAAACUGCCAAAUUCUUCGAGCCGCGGUUCAAAGAAGCUGCCGUCCUCGGCAGUAGGAUGAUUAAAACUAUCCUGGAGGACGUCGAAGUGCGCGAGAGAGAACAAAAUUCCCAGAGCGACGGGACAUCAGAUUGAUUCGUCUUUUGAAUGUGUGUAUUUUGCUUCGAAUUCCACGGACUGUGCAUCCAUUUGAGAUUUUGUCAGCAUUCGUAAAAAUGGAAUUAGUACUCCAUGUAACUUAGUGUAUGUAGCGUGUAAUUACGGGAAGGGGGAAGGAAGAUACUGUUGAUGCAGGAUUCGAGACUAUUAAAGCAAUGGCCCAGAUGAGUUGGUCCCAACAGGAUGUAUUUCUUAGGUCGGACAUUAGCUCAAAGCGAUUUGGGACCAUGGCGACAACCUAGAGAUCGAAUUGCCGAUGGGAGGAACCGUGCGCAAAAAACCACAGCGGGGUUCCAGAAACAACCUGCGGAAAUGAACCUCAUUAGCACCAAGGGGUGUGUGUUGGAAUGUUCGAGGGAUGC